AUGGACCUUUCUACGGUCUUCGAGGCCAUGCGCGAGAAAGAGGAGGAGCUUGCAGAGGCUGAGCAACGGCUGCUAUUCGACCGGGAUAACCUCGAGACGGCACGCGAACUCAUCCAGGAGCGUGAGGCCCGUCUUGCUGAAAACCAGACGUCUCAGUUGUCUUUACGGGAAGACGCGGAGAAGAUCCGUGCGAAGCUGGCAGAGCAGACGGAGGAGCUGGUAGCGGCUCGCAAGGAAGUGGACCUGAGGAAUAAGGAGAUUCGCGAGGCCAAAGAGGGGUUGGGUAAGAAGGAAGAGGAGAUCACGCGAGCCCACGCGGCGAUCCGAGCAAGGAAUGAGAAGUUGAAGCUUGCGGAAUCUCAGCUUCAGGCUCAGGAGAGCCAGCUUGUAGCUUCGACAGCGGAGGUUCGGCAAUUGCGGUUGGAUCUGAGAUCUGCGGUUUCAGAAAAGAAGCGGUUGCAGGAGCAGUUGGAGGAGUCGCAGAAGGAGCUGCGUCGGCAGGAGGGUAAACUGACCGCCAUGGAAUCAGAUUUGGAGAAAAGAGGCGGCAUUGUGACAGCUGCGCAGAAGGAGAUUAAGAUUCUUCAGAAGCAUUUGAAGAACUCCGGAGUGAAGGGAGAGGCAGCGUCUCGGGAGCUCGCUCAAGCGAAGUCGAUGAUUGGUGCAGUGAAGGCGGAGCUAAAGGUGUCGAACGAAGCUUUGAGCAAAUUCCGUUCCGAGGUUCAUGAGCUGAAAGCCGCCGUCGCGAGACAGGAACGCGAAGCGACUAACGCGUCGAUGCUUCUGAAGAAGCGGGAACGGGAGCUCGAACGAGCAAACGCGGAACUCGCGAAGGAGAAGGCGACGUUGCAAGCAGUCCGCGCCGCGGUUCUGGAUCUCGAGACUAAGUUAAAGCACGAGAUGGACGCCUGCGAGACGCUCGCGACGGAGGUUCGGGACGCGCGGUCGAAGCUCCGGACAGCCAUGUCUGAAGCUUCCGAGCUCCGUAAAUCCGUCCGGCAGGCGGAGUCCGAACUUUCAGACGCCAAAAUCACCCUCCAGCUUAAAGAAGCAGAACUCGUGGGACUCCGCCUGGAGCUACAAGAGACUGCAUCGGAUCUCUCUAUAGCGAAGCAGGACCUCAAAUCCCGGGCAGACGACCUCGACGCCGCGGCAAGCGCGCUGGAGAGUCUUCGCCGGGAGCUGGCCGCUGUGAAGCUGGAGCUUCAAGUUAAAGAUGAGAGAGUCGCGGCGUCGGAUAAGGCUCUGGAGAUGCGGGAGGAGACGAUUGGGGCGAUGGAGGUGAAGCUGGAAGGCAUCAACGCGCGCCUGGCGGCGGCGGAGACUGUCGUGGAGCAGAUCGCGGAGCUCUCGCGCAAGCUCGCGGAUUCCGCGCUCGCCGCUGGAGGGUUCGACAUGGGGGUGCUGCCGUCUGGGAGAGCGGUGCAGAGCGGUGGUGUGGGGUCGGGAGGGUUGAGAGGGAAGAUGCUGGUCGGGGAGAGCGUGCUGCUGGCUGAGACGAACCGGGAGCUGUUUGCGGCGAGCCGGGCGCUGCUGGAGAAGGAGCAUGGGAUGCAGCUGCUGCAGGAGCAAGAACAAGAGCAGAGGGAACAGAACGAGCGCCUAUUGGAGCACCUCCGGGCAGCGAGGGCAGCGCUGGGAGAAAAACAAACCGAGCUGGACUCCGUGAAAUCCCUCCUAGCCGAGCGGGAGGAGGAGAUCCGGCAGCUGACGGCGCGGUGGGAGGAGCGGGAGGCCGCGCUGACGGCCAUGCGCGCGGAGGUGAUCAGCGGAGCCAGGGAGAUCGCGCAGCUGCGGGACGUGAUCAAAUCCGCGUCCUCACGCCAAGCAGGGCAGCAGGGCGAGGGGGCGGAGAAGGUGUCUCAGGCGGAUCUGGUGGCGCAUGAAGUGGUGAAGCUGGAACUCGAGGUGGCGAAGGUGGAGGUAGAGACAGCCAUGUCAGCCCUGCAGGGUCUGGCGGAUCUCAGUGCACAACUCAAGGCAGACGCAGACGACCGCAUGCUGCUGCUGCCCGCAUCCUCACCCCAUUUCUCCACUUCUUCCGCCAGCCAUCUACACGACUUUCGUCCCGCUCUGGCCUCUGCUGCUGCUGCUGUCAGCGCAUCAGGGAGUGCCGCCCGACGGGGAGAGGAGCAGGAGGAGCAGCAGAGGUUGCAAUGGCAGCAGAAGGAGCGGGAGGAGCAGAAGCAGCAGAAGCUGAGGGAGGAGGAGCAGGAGGAGGCAAAGAUGCAGCAGCAGCUGCAGGAGAGGGACAAUGCGCUGCGCAUGGCGGUGCGUGCCAUGUCUAAUCUCACGCGCCUCACUCAGAAGCUUGCUGCUGACGCCCAGGCGGAGCUCUCAGGAGAGGAGCCGGUGCUACAGAUGUAG